AUGAUGCAGAGCAUCCAGGUGAACUCACCCAAGAAAGUGGUGCGGAUGCAAGGAGCAAGUGACGAAGAUGAAGAAAACGAAAAAGAAGAAUACCUCAUCACCAACCUCACCGAAAGCAAUAAAAACAUGCCCAGUCUUAUAGUCCGUAUUCCGAGCAACAUGAACAAAUUUUUAAGCAAAGAGGAAGUAAAAAUUGACUUUAACGAAGAUAUUAAACUGCCUAAUAAAAAGGGGAGCAAAAAGUUGCGCUCCUUUAAGAUGGAGCCAUCUGCGACGGGCAGCUGUGAGGAGCAAGUGAGUGAGAAGACCCUGGAGAAUACCUACGGGAGCCCCGAUGUCAAGGUGGACAGUACGUACCAGUCGGAGGGGACAGACGGAGGGGGUGGAAGCGGCGAAAGUGGCGAUGAGGAGGACGACCCGGACGACGAAAUGAGUGAGGGACUCAUCCACUCAUUCAAGCAGAACUACGUGGAGAAGCACCAAGCGAACGCUUGCGACGAAAGCGUUGCCUUCCUGAGAGACCACACAAAAAAUGAACUAGAAUAUUUUCUCCAAAAAAAAAAACUGCACUGUUCAUACGAAAUGAAAAUAAAUGACAUUAUCAACAUAGACUAUGAUAAGCUGAAUGAGAAAAAUAUCAUCCCCUACUUCUUAACGAACAUGUUUGACGUAGAACAGAAGAAGAAGAGGGAGAAGUUGAAGCAGCUGCUGGAGGCCAAGAGGAAGGCCAUGCUGGAGAGAACAAAGAGGAGACAUAACAGCCAAAUGGAGAAGGGGGUGGCGGGGCGCCAGAAGGGAAAGCCCAGGCCCAGCUCCAAGGGGAGCAAACUGACGAAGGGGGAGGAGAAGCUGCACAGCGGGAAGUUGAAAAAGGAGAAGGGUGCAAGCGGAAAGGGGGGCCAAACUGAGGACAGCGCUGAAAAGCAAAGUGACGACGCUGACGAUGAGAAUGACGAUGAAAAUGACGACGAAAAUGACGAUGUUGAUGAUGAGAAUGACGCCAACGGAGAGGACCCCUCGGGCGGGAAGGGCCACUCCGAUGGGGGAGACGAUUCAUACGAGCCCCCCCCAACGGGCGGCAAGCGGAGAAGCAAACCGGGGGCGAAACUAGUCGGGGGAAAGGGCAAAAGGACACGCACCGAGGAGGGAGACCAGCAGGAGGACCCCUACCUGGACGACUUCGAUAAAGACGCCGACGUGGACGCGGAUGUAGACGCGGAUGUAGACGCGGAUGUAGACGCGGAUGUAGACGUAGAUGCGGACGCCGAUGUAGACGUAGAUGCGGACGCCGAUGUAGACGUAGAUGCGGACGCCGAUGUGAACAUCUACAACGACCCGACGCUGUACGGAAUCGAAGGGAGCAGCGACUACACGGAGGGGCAAAAGAGCGACUUAGAAAACUCCCAAGAAGAAGAUGCAGCAAAGGAUCAACAACAGACGGGGAGCACUCCCAAAGCGCAGAAAAAAAAAAAAAAAAAUGUAGAGGAACAAGAAGAAGAAGAAAAAAUAGAUGACAUAGUAGACACAGAAACGCAAAAAUUAAUCUCCUAUGAUUACUACUCCAGUGUAAAUAUAAAAGAAGUGGUAAAGCCGAGUUAUAAAAUAAAAUCGUUAACCCCGUUUAUUCCUAUUGAGGAAAAUAUAGACAAUUUAGAUCACGUGCAAAAAUUGCAAUACCUGAUUAAGAACCUGCCACACACACACAUAAAGGAGAAGAGGUCCCUGUACCACUACAACAUUAAGCAGUUUAUCAAGUGGAAAGUGUAUCUAAUGAAUAAUAUAAACAUUUGCCUCUACGGAGUAGGGUCGAAAUAUCACGUGCUGAACCUCUUUUGCAACAUUUGCCUAAAUGACGGGAACAAAUGCAUUGUACUAGGGUUCGAAGAAGAAAUAAAUUUUGAAGAAAUUAUAACGCGCAUAUUGGAGUACCACUAUAAAUACAAAACGUCCAAAAAUUUAAAGUCAUUUGAUUUGCUCUACGAAUUAAUACACAAAGUAAAUGAGGCAAAUGUUCCCCUUUACUUCGUUAUACAUAAUAUAGAUAACGUAAAAUUAUACCCCUACUAUGAGUACUUUUCCUUUAUGAGUCAAUAUGAUAACAUUCACUUCGUUUGCUCCAUUGAUGAUGUCUCCUUUGAGCUCAACAUGAACUUUAAGAACAUCAGUUCGAUUAACUUUCACUAUGUGAAGUGCCACACGUGGUUAGACUACCGUCACGAAAUUCUGAGGCAGUGGAAUAAGUUCCUCCCCGAGUGGGUGUUCAAUAAAAAAUGCGAAGAGGUUGACGUGAAGAAGAACAUAGAAACUAUAUUAAACGCGCUGAGCAUAAAUCAUAAGAGACUCUUUAAAAUCAUUGCAUCCAUUCAGCUGGAAAAUUUGGAAAAGGGCAUCUACGGGGUGGAGAAAGAGUCCUUGCUGCAGGACAAGCGAAUAUUUACCGUAGGGGCUUCCAGCAUUAGGAUUAACUCCCUCCUUGUCGAGUUCGUUUCCCACAACGUUAUCACCGAAACGAGGCUCAAGGAGGGUAACACCUUCCUCAAAAUAAAUGCGGACAAGGAGGAGCUCAAGAGGCUCGCCGAGCAGUUGUGA